CCAGGCUUGGAGCACGCACUCCUGAGAGGCAGGCGUGAGGGCCCCCGGCAUCACCGAGACCCCAGCCGGCAGAGAAGGCUCAUGGCGUCCCCAGCACGCGGGCUCCGCCUCCCAAGAGCCCUCGGGCUCCUCCUGGACGUGUAGGGGUCCCAGUGCGCAGCCACCAUGGCGCACGGGUUCGCGGUGGGCUUUGACGCGCUGGGCCUCGGCGACCUUAGCUCGGGCUCGCUGAGCUCCCUCUCCUCCCGGGGCCACCUGGGCAGCGACUCCGGCUCGGCAACGCGAUACCUGUUGAGGAAGCAGCAGCGGCUGCUAAAUGGGCCCCCUCGCGGAAUCCGAGCCUCGUCGCCCAUGGGCCGCGUCAUCCUCAUCAACUCCCCCAUCGAAGCCAACAGUGAUGAGAGUGACAUCAUCCAUGCCGUCCGGGUGGAGAAGAGUCCGGCAGGGAGAUUGGGUUUCAGCGUGCGUGGAGGCUCUGAGCACGGCCUGGGCAUCUUUGUCAGCAAAGUGGAGGAGGGGAGCAGUGCAGAGCGAGCUGGCCUGUGCGUGGGGGACAAGAUCACGGAGGUGAACGGGCUGAGCCUGGAGAGCACCACCAUGGGCAGCGCUGUGAAGGUGCUGACGGGCAGCAGCCGCCUGCAUAUGAUGGUGCGGCGCAUGGGCCGUGUGCCGGGCAUCAAGUUCUCCAAGGAGAAGACCACGUGGGUGGAUGUGGUGAAUCGACGGCUGGUAGUGGAGAAGUGCAGUUCAACACCAUCCAACAGCGGCUCAGAGGAUGGCGUGCGCCGCAUCGUACAUCUAUACACAACCUCUGACGACUUCUGCCUGGGCUUCAACAUCCGUGGGGGCAAGGAGUUUGGCCUGGGCAUCUACGUGUCCAAAGUGGACCACGGUGGGCUGGCCGAGGAGAAUGGGAUCAAGGUGGGGGACCAGGUUCUGGCGGCCAAUGGUGUCAGGUUUGAUGACAUCAGCCACAGCCAGGCAGUGGAAGUCCUGAAGGGCCAAACACACAUCAUGCUGACCAUCAAGGAGACUGGCCGGUACCCUGCCUACAAGGAGAUGGUUUCUGAAUACUGUUGGCUAGACCGAUUGAGCAAUGGGGUGCUGCAGCAGCUGUCCGCAGGCUCGGAGAGCAGCUCCAGCGUCUCCUCCUGUGCCUCCAGCGCUCCCUACAGCUCCGCGGAGGGCUCGGGCUCCCUGCCCUCCGACCGAAUGGACGUCUGCCUGGGGCCAGAAGAGCCCAGCGGCCGUGGGCCGGGCUGGGGGCGGGCGGACACAGCCAUGCAGACCGAGCCGGACAUGGGGGGGCGCAUGGAGACCUGGUGCAGCGUGAGGCCCACGGUCAUUCUCAGGGACACAGCCAUCCGCUCAGAAGGUCCCCCCUCUGCCCGCCGCCUCGAUUCUGCGCUCUCUGAAUCCCCCAAGACUGCUCUGCUGCUGGCCCUUAGCCGACCCCGGCCCCCCAUCACACGCUCCCAGAGCCACCUGACCUUGUGGGAGGAGAAGAAGAAGCGGAAGAAGGAGAAGUCGGGGUGCCCUGGGGAAAAGGGUGCCCUGCAGCGCUCCAAGACGCUGAUGAACCUCUUCUUCAAGGGAGGGCGGCAGGGCCGAUCAGCAGGGGACGGGCGCAGAGAGGCCUGGACAUUGGACUGCGGGAGCUCGGCAAAAUCCCGCCCUCACUUGGACAUUGAAAAAACAGGGGGAGUGGGGCCUGUGCAGAAGUUUGUCACCUGGAGACUGCGACGUGACCGGGAGAGGGGUCGGGCCCUGCUCUAUGCCAGGUCUGGGAGCCCCUCCAGUCAAUUCCAGCACAAUGUGGAUGAGCGGGUGCAGGCCUGGGAGAGCCGCAGGCCUCUCAUCCAGGACCUGGCCCGGCGGCUGCUGACGGAUGAUGAGGUGUUGGCUGUCACUCGCCACUGUUCUCGGUAUGUGCACGAGGGUGGUGUGGAGGACCUGGUGAGGCCCCUGCUGGCCAUUCUUGACCGGCCGGAGAAGCUGCUGCUGCUGAGGGACAUCAGGAGUGUGGUGGCGCCCACAGACCUGGGCCGCUUCGAUAGCAUGGUGAUGCCGGUGGAGCUGGAGGCUCUGGAGGCCCUCAAGAGCAGAGCAGUCCGGCCUCCAGCUUUGCGGCCAGCCCGGCAGGACACACCACCCAAGCGCCACCUCAUCACCCCUGUGCCUGACAGCCGUGGAGGCUUCUACCUGCUGCCUGUGAAUGGUUUCUCAGAGGAGGAAGAUGAUGGAGAGUUGAGGGAACGACUGGAGGGCCUCAAGGUCUCCCUUGGUACCUCAAGUUCCCACCAUUCCCACAAAGGGAUUCCCCCUCUUCAAGAUGUGCCAGUAGAUGCCUUUGCGCCACGCCGAGGUGCCUGCACACCCCAUCCCCAGCCACCACCAGUUGCUCCAAGGCCCCCACGGCCUAACUGGCUGUUGGCUGAGCCUCUGACCCGAGAGGACUCUGGGCAUAUCCCAAACCAGGGCCCUACUCAGAGCCGCAGCCGGAGCCGCAGCCGCAGCCGGGGUCGAGGCAAGUCUCCUGGACUCAGGCGCUCUCCCUCCCCUGCACCUGUCCCCACUCCCAGCACAGCCAAUGGGCGCUACCACAAGCCUCGGAAAGCCAGGCCCCCUUUGCCAAGACCUCUGGAUGGGCCAGCAGCCAAGGCAGGGGACAGUCAGGAGCAUUCAGAGAAUGGAACUGACAGAACCCCAGCCAAGGAGGCAACCCCAAAGACCCCUAGCGGGGAGUUGAGGACAGUCACCCUGUCCAAGAUGAAGCAGUCGUUGGGCAUCAGUAUUUCUGGGGGCAUUGAAUCUAAGGUGCAGCCCAUGGUGAAGAUAGAAAAGAUCUUCCCUGGGGGUGCUGCCUUCCUCAGUGGGGCUCUUCAGGCUGGCUUUGAGCUUGUGGCUGUGGAUGGAGAGAGCCUGGAGCAGGUGACCCACCAGAGAGCGGUAGACACCAUCCGGCGGGCUUAUCGAAACAAGGCUCGGGAACCGAUGGAGCUAGUGGUCAGGGUCCCUGGGCUCAGCCUACUACCCCUGCCCUCUGAUUCUGCAGCCCUCACUAACCAGCAUCUUCCCACUGCCCCAGCCCCUACCCACUGA